AUGGCCAUAGAAAAAUUUGAAGAAAAACUUAAAUUGGAAAAAAAGAGAAUAAAAGCUGAAGCCAAGGAGGCAUAUAAAAGACUGUUACUGAUACCCAAACCAAUACCUGAGCUAAAUUUAAAUUCAAAAGAAAUUGAUAUGGAUACUCAUUCUGUUCAAAUAACCGAAUUAUCUGCUGCUGAAUUGGCAAAAAACAAUCAUUGGAUUGGAGUUAACGAGAGCUUGAAGGAAUGGAAAUGUUUAGUGACAGGACAAAGAGUGAUAGUGGCAAAAAAUCUUAUUUAA